AUGGAUUCUAUCGGUGCCACCACCAAGGCUUCACAGCUGGUGUCCCCUAAAGUUACUAAAACAAAGGCUGCUCCGACAGGUUCGAGCACGUUGCCAAACGCUACUUUUGGCUGUGAGCAUGUGCAAAGCUUAUUCAAGGCGAAUAAGGCGCUUGCCAAAGAGACUUACGAGACUGCCAUACAAACCCUCGCGGAUCCUCGACGGAUAAAACCUCAGACCUACAAAUCAUCUUCCAGCGAGAAUGACACGAUUGUAGUGUCCAUAAAACCUACGUACCUUUGCCUUCAAUGUCCGAGUAUAAUGAGCGCAGACGGAAGAGACAAGCAUCAUGAAGCCAGGAAGCACGCAUUCACUGUCGAAUCGCGACAUGGUUGUCUUUAUUGCCAGUUCUGUCGAGACUUCGUCUACGAUCCAGAGUUCGAGAAGAUUCGCGCCCAAAGGGGUACAAAACGUAAAGCCGAUGAUUCCAAUGGCAUAGAAGAUCAAAGACUGGUGGCCACACAUGCAGCAUUCGUACCAUGUCGGGCUACCGGUCUACGCGGCCUUUACAACAUGGGCCAAACUUGCUUUAUGAGUGUCAUACUUCAGACCAUCAUCCACAAUCCACUGGUACGGAACUUCUAUCUGUCUGAAGGACAUAGCUCUCGGGACUGUGACGAUGAGUACUGCAUAAGCUGUGCAAUGGAUGAGAUCUUUCAGGAGUUUUAUUCAGCAGAGAAAACUGAGGGUUACGGUGCUGUGAGCAUGCUGCUUGCAAGCUGGAUGGCAGAACAGGCUCUCGUCGGCUAUCAACAACAAGAUGCUCACGAGUACAUGCAGUUCCUCUUCAACUCUCUUCAUCAGAAGAACGGCGGUACAUUAUCGGAAGAUUGUUCCUGCAUUAUACACAAGACCUUCUACGGUCAGCUCCAAUCUACAGUCAGAUGCGAUAAAUGCAAGAAUAUCACCACUGCUCUCGACCCAGUCAUGGACCUCAGCCUCGACAUCCGCGACGUCAAGAAGCGCAAGCUUGAGCCCGGCGCUUCCAAAGCCGAGAAGGCCGAAAUCAAAAUCGAUCUAAAGGAAUGCCUGGACAGCUUUACCCAAAAAGAAAAACUUCCUGCCACAGACUAUACAUGCCAAAAAUGCGGUGGCUCGCAACCCGCCACAAAGCAAUUGAGCAUCAAGCGCCUUCCACCUGUCGUUCCUGUGCACCUGAAGCGCUUCGAGCACUCCAAAGCUAACGCUACGAAACUUGAAACGCGGGUUGCCUUUCCUCUUCAACUCAACUUGCACCCCUACACAACCCGGGCCAAGGACGCGAACAACAAAAAGUCGUUCGCAAAUGGCUUCGUACCAAAAGCAAGCCCAGAGCUUGUCUACGAACUCAGUGCGGUCAUCGUGCACAAGGGAAACAUUGAUACGGGCCACUAUAUCAGCUACAGCCGCGAAGGCCAGGACUGGUUUCUGUUCGACGACAACAAGGCAGUAGCAGCAAGCGAAGCGGAUGUUCUCGAAGCGAAUGCAUACCUACUGUUCUAUAUGGCGCGUGAGCUCUAG